CCGUAGGGCUGAAACCUUGGGGUCUUAAAAAUAUGCGAUCACUAUUGUAGUUAUUGGGCCUAUGUAAUAAUAGCCUGGGCAAUACCUUCACAGGAAUAGUCUUGAAAUAGUUUCACAGUCACUGUAAUUGGAUUGAUACGAGAGACACCCAGAACGUAUGCAGGAGACUACGAAACCUUCUCCACAGUCAUGAAAGGCUACUGUGGGAGCAUGGGUCCAUCUCAGGACAGUCUGCCUCUACUUGGCAUCCCAAUCAUCACAGUCACCCCACCCAAGAGCCCUCGAGAAACCGCCCUCCGUGCAACCUCAUUCGAUCUGGAAACCAUCGAUGAGACCGAGUGCUCCAUCAACUACCAACAGAAACGCUCCUCUGCAAAUCUUCUACCACAAGUCCACGAAUGGUCACCACCACCAUUACGACGUCACCACACACCGGUGCAUCACAACGAUGAACUAGACUCCUCGUGUACAUCUUCAGAUGAUGAAGAUGAGUUGAAGAAACUCAAAUCCAUGACCAAGAGGUUGAGACUGAGUACAAGGCGACCAUCUUACGUGGAAUGGUGUGAGAAUCUCCCCAAAAUGCUAGACUUGAAUGCAAAUACAAAGAAAUGUGACACUGUGGAGGAUGUGGGAGAUGAUAAUAUAUCGAGUUAUUCAAGGCGAAUAAAUACAGUGGAAGAGAACAUUAAAUGGGUGCGAAAAGAAUUGAUUGCGAUGAAAUCUCAAGAUCAUCGGCUUGCUAUCCAGCUGAUGCGUUUACGGUCCGACAUCCAACAGCUCAAGCUUCAGAAAAGCUACCAUGAGUAUCGGGAACUCAUCGACACAGCUACAGAGAGUGCCCAGGAGGGCAGGGAACAACAAACCCCUCUAUGCGAUCUACCAUUCCGCAGGGAGAAUGGGCUGUUAUUCGCACUGGAGAAACCACUUAAAGACUUUGGGGUCACACGCCUCAAUCUGUUUGCAAGGAGGUUCUCUCUUAGCUGAGAGCUACUUGUUUGUUUUCUUGGAAACUUGAACAUCUCUGAAUCGACACAAUUCCUUGAGUACCGACUUAGGGAAAACUAAGAAUUCUAUAAGGACCAAAAACAGCACAACAAUCUACAUGUAUUUUGUUCCUCUGAGCUGAGAGCAACUGUGUGUCCUGUAGGAAACUCAAAUAUUCAUUAUCUCUGAAUCAACGCAAUUCCUUGAGCUACAACUUAGAGAAAACUAAGAGUUCCAUGAAAAGGACCAAAAACAGCACAACAAAUCUACAUGUAAUUUGUUCCUCUGAGCUGAAAGCUCUUUGUUUGUGUAGUUGGAAACUCAAACAUUCCUUAUAUCCGAAUCUACACAAUUCCUUGAGCUACAACUUGGGGAAAACCAUAGUUCCAUGAAAAGGACCAAAAACAGCACAACGAUCUACAUGAAUUUUGUUCCUCUGAGAUGAAAGCUACUUGUUUGUAUAGUUGGAAACUCCAACAUUCAUUAUCUCCGAAUCUACACGAAUUCCUUGAGUUAUGCUUUAGGGAAAACAAAGAACUAUCAUGCCUGUAUGCUUCGUUUUUUGAAAGGGCAAGGGCACCAAGGCAUUUUCUCAU